AUGCAUACCAGAAGACCCUAUCAUGUGGAAGAUGCUGAAAAAUACUGCCUUGAGGAUGACUUGGUCAAUUUAGAGGUUCUGGAUGAGGAUUCAAUUAUUCGUCAGUUGCAAAAGCGUUACAUGGACUUGGUGAUCUACACAUAUGUUGGAGACAUCUUAAUUGCCUUAAACCCCUUCCAGAAUCUAAGCAUAUACUCUCCACAGUUUUCCAGACUUUAUCAUGGUGUGAAACGUGCCUCAAAUCCCCCUCACAUAUUUGCAACAGCGGAUGCUGCUUACCAAUGUAUGGUUACUUUUAGCAAAGACCAGUGCAUUGUCAUCAGUGGAGAAAGUGGCUCUGGGAAGACAGAAAGUGCCCACCUGAUUGUUCAGCAUUUGACUUUCUUGGGAAAGGCCAAUAAUCAGACCUUGAGAGAGAAAAUUCUGCAAGUCAACUCCCUGGUGGAAGCCUUUGGAAAUGCAUGCACUGCCAUCAAUGACAAUUCCAGCCGUUUUGGAAAAUAUCUGGAAAUGAUGUUUACACCCACCGGAGCUGUGAUGGGGGCAAGAAUCUCUGAGUAUCUCCUGGAAAAAUCCAGAGUUAUAAAACAGGCAGUGUAUAUAGCCGAUGAAACUGGAAGGGUGAUACAUGACAUAACUAACAAGGAGUCUUACAGAAGACAAUUUGAAGCAAUUCAGCAUUGCUUCAGAAUUAUAGGGUUCACUGACAAGGAGGUGCACUCAGUGUACAGAAUUUUGGCUGGGAUUUUGAACAUUGGAAGCAUUGAGUUUGCAGCUAUUUCCUCUCAACAUCAAACUGAUAAAAGUGAGGUGCCCAAUGUUGAAGCUUUGGAAAAUGCUGCCUCCGUUCUCUGCAUCAGCCCUGAAGAACUCCAAGAGGCCCUUAUCUCAUACUGUGUGGUCACCCGUGGUGAGACCAUCGUCCGAGCCAAUACUGUCGAUAGGGCUGCGGAUGUCCGAGAUGCCAUGUCCAAAGCGCUGUAUGGGAGGCUCUUCAGUUGGAUUGUCAAUCGCAUCAAUACACUCCUGCAGCCAGACAAAAGCAUAUGUAGUGCAGAUGAUGGUAUUAAUGUGGGGAUCUUGGAUAUUUUUGGAUUCGAGAACUUUCAGAGAAAUUCAUUUGAACAGCUCUGCAUAAACAUCGCCAAUGAGCAAAUCCAGUACUAUUUCAACCAGCACGUUUUUGCUCUUGAGCAGAUGGAAUAUCAAAAUGAAGGUAUUGAUGUUACACCUGUGGUGUAUGAGGACAAUCGCCCACUCCUGGACAUGUUCCUCCAGAAACCCCUGGGACUGCUUGCGCUUUUGGAUGAGGAAAGUCGAUUUCCCCAAGCAACUGAUCAGACCCUAGUUGAUAAAUUUGAAGAUAAUCUACGAAGCCAAUACUUCUGGAGGCCUAAGGGAGUGGAGCUGUGCUUUGGCAUUCUGCACUACGCUGGGAAGGUAUUGUAUGAUGCUUCUGGGGUUCUGGAGAAAAACAGAGACACGCUCCCCACUGAUGUGGUUGUGGUCCUGAGAACGUCAGAAAACCAGCUUCUGCAGCAACUCUUCUCAAUUCCUUUGACCAAAACAGGUAACUUGGCCCAGACAAGAGCCAGGAUAACAGCAGCCUCAAGAUCUUUGCCUCCACGUUUCAGUGCUGGGAGAACCAAGGUGGACACUCUGGAGGUGAUACGACAUCCCGAAGAAACCACCAACAUGAAGAGGCAGACCAUGGCUUCUUACUUCCGGUAUUCUCUGAUGGAUCUGCUCUCCAAAAUGGUGGUCGGACAGCCCCACUUUGUGCGCUGCAUUAAACCCAAUGAUGACCGAGAGGCCCUGAAGUUCUCCCGAGAGAGUGUGCUGGCCCAGCUCCGCUCCACAGGGAUCCUGGAGACAGUCAGCAUCCGCAGGCAGGGCUAUUCCCACCGCAUCCUCUUUGCAGAGUUUGUGAAAAGGUAUUAUUACUUGGCAUUCAAAGCACAUGAAAUGCCUCUUGCUAGCAAAGAGAGCUGUGUUGCUAUCUUGGAAAAAUCCAGAUUAGAUCACUGGGUGCUGGGAAAAACAAAGGUUUUUCUCAAAUACUAUCAUGUCGAGCAGUUAAAUUUGCUGCUGCGAGAAGUCAUAGGCAGAGUGGUUGUGCUGCAGGCGUAUGCCAAGGGGUGGCUUGGAGCCAGGAGAUACAAAAGAAUCAGAGAGAAGAGAAAGAAGGGGGCCAUUGCCAUCCAGUCAGGGCACCCUUCAGACCAAAGCAGUGAUCUGCAGCCCACUGUCCAGGAUCAAGACCACUGUGAACCUAGUGACCACACAGAUCAUACAAGAAGUCCACAAACCGGAUUCAACAGUGGCCAUGCAGAGACUUCAAGCAACUCUCCUGUUGUCACUGAGAAAAGUUGGCAUCCACAAACCCAGUGUUCUCCAAAAGGGUGUGAUGUCUCCGUAGGACAUUCAAAUAAGCACUCCAUUUCUGGGACUGAUCUGCUAUCUUCUCGGACAUGCCAUGCUGCCCCAGGUUGCCCAGGACCAAGUCCCUCAAAAGGAGCCCCUACAAAACUUGAAAACGGUCUUAUACAGAAGCAGCGAACACCUCGCCGAAGAUGUCAGCAGCCCAAAAUGUUGAGUAGCCCUGAGGACACCAUGUACUAUAACCAGUUAAAUGGAACUCUAGAAUAUCAAGGGAGCAAGAGGAAGCCAAGAAAACUUGGCCAAGUCAAAGUGCUUGAUGGAGAAGACGAAUAUUACAAAUCUUUGUCACCUGUGGACUCUGUUCCCGAGGAAGAUAACCCAUCCUGCCCUUUCCUUUCUUCCUCACCCUCAAAAGGAGCAUUUUUUGCUCAGCUCUGAGGUGUACUUUCUGCCCCCUCAAGUCUGUUCAGGAUAGUAUCUCUGCAAGAAUACCUGACAUGAAGAAAACCAACAAGGUGAAAAAUACUGUCAAGACAAAAUAACUGACCCUGGACGAAACAGAAAUCAUUCUGGGAAUACCAGUUUUUAAAAGCUUCACUGCAAAACCAUUGGUGUUCAUGUUGUAAGCUGCUGAUUUUUCUUCCAUUUUGGCUCAUCUGCAGACAUGCCUCCAUCCACUUUAACUUUCUUUAUUUUUAAAUGUCGUGCAAAUACAGAAAAAGGCACAAAUCAGAAGACUCAACUCAAUAAGUUAUCAGAAAAUCAGUAUCUACAUAACUGCCCCUACAGUCAAGUUAUCUGUGUAACCACUCCUACAGGCUGAAAGUUAUUAGAAAGUAUCUAUAUAAACUAUCCGUGGGUCCAUCAGAACAUUGUCAGCAUACUAGAAGUCUCCCUCUAUCCAUUCCCAAUCACCCACCUCUCCAAAGGCAAGCAUUCUCAUGACUUGAAAAUGUAAAUAUUUACGUAAAUACUUCCUUGGUUUUCUUUAUA